AUGUUUCCAUAUGUUAAGAGUUUGUUUUCUUUGAAAUCGGAUUGCUGGGAUAGAAAUCCAAAAGAACUGGGUGAAGGAGUGGAGUUUCCUGAUCUUUCUACACUUGACGGUUACUUGAAACACUGGGGAACUGAAAGUAUGACGAAGGACAAAACACUCUAUACCUGGAUUGGCGAAGAUGGGGCAGCAGUAUGUCAAAGAACUUAUGCAGAACUUCAUGCGAAAGCUUCCUGCAUUGCUCGUAAACUCUUGACCAGCCGAAAACCAGUUAUCAAGCCCGGUGACCGGGUCCUCUUAGUCUAUGUACCAGGGCUGGACUUUAUUGAUGCCUUUUUUGGGUGCUUAAGAGCCAAGGUCCUACCAGUCCCAGUCCUCCCACCAGAUCCUCUGCAAAGAGGUGGGCAAGCACUAUUGAAGAUUGAAAGCAUUGCUAAAUCUUGCAAUGCAGUUGCAAUUCUGUCAACCCUUCUCUAUCACUCAGCAGUUCGGGCAGGUUCUGUGAAGAAUCUAAUCUCAUUAGCAGGGAAAAAUGGGAAAUGGCCGAACCUUCCAUGGAUGCAUACAGAUUCUUGGCUCAAGGACUCCAAAGUCCUGGCUCCAGAAAACAUAGCAUAUGAAUCUGAAUCUCAGCCGGAGGAUUUGUGUUUUCUGCAGUUCACUUCAGGGUCAACUGGAGAUGCUAAAGGUGUAAUGAUAACUCAUGGUGGUCUUAUUCACAACGUGAAGUUGAUGAAGAGGAUAUAUAAGAGCACCUCAAAGACAGUACUAGUCAGCUGGCUUCCGCAAUACCAUGACAUGGGGCUAAUUGGUGGCCUCUUUACUGCUCUAGUUAGUGGUGGAUCAGCAAUUUUGUUUUCUCCAAUGACUUUUAUCAAGAACCCUCUUCUAUGGCUUCAGAUCAUGAGCAAAUACCACGCUACUCACAGUGCCGGUCCCAACUUCGCCUUCGAACUGCUAAUCCGAAGAUUGGAGUAUGCUGACAAGGAUAAGGUUCGAAACUUUGACCUCUCUUCUUUGAUUUUCCUCAUGGUUGCUGCUGAACCAGUGAGGCAGAGAACUUUGAAAAGAUUUGUUGAGCUCACUAGGCCUUUUGGUCUUUCGCAAGAAGUAAUGGCUCCUGGUUAUGGAUUGGCCGAGAAUUGUGUGUUCGUCAGCUGUGCAUAUGGAGAAGGCAAGCCCAUAUUGGUAGACUGGCAAGGAAGAGUCUGUUGCGGGUAUGUGGAACCAAAUGGUGAAGAUAUUGACAUCCGAAUAGUCGAUCCAGAGUCCAAUGAGGAGCUUAGAAAAUCUGGAAAGGAAGGAGAGAUAUGGAUUAGUAGUCCGAGUGCUGGAAUUGGGUACUGGGGAAGGGAGGAACUUAGCCAAAGUACUUUCAGAAAUGUGCUUCAAAAUCAUCCAGGAAGAAAAUAUACAAGAACCGGAGACUUGGGACGGAUUAUUGAUGGAAAGGUGUUCAUCACGGGAAGAAUCAAGGAUCUGAUUAUAGUAGCCGGAAGGAAUAUUUACUCUACAGAUGUAGAAAAAACAGUUGAGUGUGCAUCCGAACUUCUACGCCCAGGUUGCUGUGCUGUCAUUGGUGUUCCUGAGGAAGUCUUGUCAUCAAAAGGGAUUUCACUUCCUGAUUGUUCUGACCAGGUUGGCUUGGUUGUAAUUGCCGAGGUUAGAGAUGCUAAGCCUGUUGAUAAGGAUGUGUUGGAGAACAUAAGGAGUCGUGUCGCAGAAGAACAUGGCGUGACUGUGGCUUCUAUCAAGCUGAUCAAGCCCAGGACUAUCAGCAAAACAACAUCUGGUAAAAUCAAGAGGUUCGAAUGCCUCAAACAUUUUACUGAUGGAACUCUAAACACAGUGCCAGACCCAUUUUUUGCAAAGCGAAAAUUGCUUCGUUCAUUCACCACCGGGACAUCUAAAGAGGGAUUAACUCCUCGAUCUCGGCUUGCAACAUCUCCUACACCAACUGCCAAAUUCACGAAUAAAGAAAUAGUAGAAUUUUUGAAGGGGCUUGUUUCUGAGCAAACAGGAAUUCCUAUCAAGAAUAUCUCUGCCACCGAGAGUCUUGUUUCCUAUGGAAUUGACUCGAUUGGUGUCGUCAGAGCGGCUCAAAAACUUUCAGAUUUCCUCGGUGUGCCAGUUGGUGCAGUCGAUAUCUUCACUGCCACCUGCAUUGCAGACUUGGCGAGCUUUUCAGAGAAUCUUGCGAUGAAGUCUCAACCACAGCUCAUGAACUCUCAAUCCUAUCAACCAGAACCUGAUAUUGAUUCUGCUGAGUUUGACACAGAAGUUUCCACGACUAGCCUAAUCAGUGUCUGGUUUUUCCAACUUCUUGCCCUUGUUUAUGUCUGUGCCAUGCUGAGCUUUCCUGCUUAUUUUUCAGUUUCGGCUUUCACAAGUUUGCUUUCAGCAAGUCUUGUGCUAAAUGAGGAAUUUCCCUGGUGGAAUUACUUGAUUCCCUUGGCAUUGGCUCCUCUUGCUUGGAUCCUUAGCAUCAUUUCUACUUGUAUUAGCAUUGCUUUCUUGGGGAAUUCUUUCUUGAAACCUAACUAUGCCCUGACCCCUGAAGUAUCUAUCUGGUCUAUUCACUUUGUCAAGUGGUGGGCACUGUACAAGGCCCAAGAAAUCUCUGCAAAAGUUUUUGCAGAGCAUUUGAGAGGAACUGUGUUCCUUAAUUAUUGGUUUGAGAUGCUCGGCGCUAAGAUCGGAUCUUCAGUUCUGCUUGAUACAGUUGACAUUACAGAUCCAUCUCUAGUUUCAAUUGGAGAUGGAGCUGUAAUUGCUGAAGGGGCAUUGCUCCAAAGCCAUGAGGUAAAGAAUGGAAUCUUGAGCUUCCAAGCCAUUAGAAUCGGCCGAAAUUCUUCAGUUGGUCCUUACGCUGUAAUCCAGAAAGGAAGUACAUUGAGAGAAGAAGCAGAUGUGCAGCCCUUGCAGAAGACAGAAGGUGGAAAAGCUGUACUCAAAUCUAGCAAGGCUCACAAUGUUCAGAAGGUUUCUUCCCCCGUUUUCUCAUCUUACACUAAUUUGAUUCUUUCCAAUUAUUGCAAACAUGUGUGA